UAAAUAUAAAAAUGAUCUAAAUUCUAAUCCAACCAGCAAGCCAGGUGGCCACCAUCCUUCCCAGCUGGCGUACAAAUCCGAAACCCUUUGAAAACCAGAAGCAAUUUGCUCUGAAUAUUCACAAGCCAGUAACUACUCCAUUUCCCCCCUGAAUUUUCCGUCCUCCACCGCAGCUCUCUCUCUCUCCUCUCUGAACUCGUCCUCAUCGGAAGCCAGGCCAGCUCUUUGAUCGUCGGAACCGACGAUUACUCAUGGCGUCCCUGAGUUUCGCGCCCCAGCCGCUCGGCUACCGUCCACAGUCGGCGGCCCGGGGCGGGUUUCUGCAACUUCAAGCUUGUGGCUGCCGCCGGCGGCGAGAAUGGAAGCGCGGCAGCGGAGCCGGAUCUGAGUGUGACGGUGAACGGAUUGAAAAUGCCUAAUCCGUUCGUCAUCGGCUCUGGUCCCCCAGGGACCAACUACACUGUGAUGAAGCGUGCUUUUGACGAAGGCUGGGGUGCUGUGAUUGCCAAGACUGUAUCGCUAGAUGCAGCUAAGGUAAUCAACGUAACUCCUAGGUAUGCCAAGCUACGGGCUGGAGCAAAUGGCUCAGUCAAAGGACAGAUAAUCGGUUGGGAGAACAUAGAGCUUAUAAGUGACCGACCCCUCGAGAUAAUGCUGCAGGAGUUUAAGCAACUGAAAGAGGAAUAUCCAGAUAGGAUUUUGAUCGCUUCUAUCAUGGAGGAGUACAGCAAAUCGGGCUGGGAGGAACUCAUAGAUCGUGUAGAGCAAACUGGAAUUGAUGCUUUCGAAAUCAAUUUCUCUUGCCCUCAUGGUAUGCCUGAGCGUAAAAUGGGUGCAGCAGUAGGGCAGGACUGUGUUCUAUUGGAAGAAGUUUGCGGAUGGAUAAAUGCAAAAGCUACUGUUCCUGUCUGGGCUAAGAUGACUCCUAAUAUCACUGAUAUAACAGAGCCAGCUCGAGUGGCUCUAAGAUCUGGAUGUGAGGGUAUAGCAGCUAUUAACACCAUCAUGAGUGUAAUGGGUAUCAAUUUGAAGACCUUACGGCCAGAGCCCUGUGUAGAGGGGUACAAACGCUUCUUGGACAAUCAGCCAAUUUCUGCUAUGUUAUAUACGCAUGUAUGUAUAUUCUUCAUAUGCUCACUUUGUUGGUAUCAGGUAUUCAACUCCAGGUGGGUACUCUUCAAAAGCAGUGCACCCAAUUGCACUCGGAAAAGUAAUGAACAUCGCCAAAAUGAUGAAGGCAGAAUUUAACGACGAUCACUACUCGCUCUCUGGCAUUGGGGGUGUCGAGACAGGUGGUGAUGCUGCUGAGUUUAUUCUCCUUGGAGCGAGUACAGUUCAGGUGUGCACGGGAGUGAUGAUGCACGGCUAUCCCAUGGUGAAGAGACUGUGUGAGGAGCUGAAGGAAUUCAUGAGAACGCACGAUUUCUCAUCCAUUGAAGAUUUCAGAGGAGCAUCUCUGGAGUACUUCACAAGUCACACUGAUCUGGUACGGCGGCAGCAAGAGGCCAUUCGACAGAGGAAGGCUGUGAGGAAAGGUUUGAAGUCUGAUAAAGAAUGGACCGGAGAUGGGUUUGUAGAAGAGACUGAGAGCAUGGUUUCCAAUUGAACACCGUUUCUGUCUCUGUCUCGAUCUCCAUCUCCUUCGGUAUCGCCUACUUGUCUGUUCAAAAUGGAACUAAUGAAUAAAAGAGAAGCGUAGCUAGGGAUGCUGUUGUCUCAUGUCUGUUAAUAAUAAUAAACUGUGAAGGCUUGCUUUUGCUUACAUUAUAUGUGCAGUACUACGAACACGAACAUUAAAUCUGAACAGUAAAUCAUUAGAGCUUGUGAAUUUUACUAUAUUCUCUUUAUAUUAUGUGAUUAUUAACUUUGUGCGGUAAAUGUCAUGAUUGGUCCCUAAGAUUACUAAAAAAAAUGUUAAAUUUGAUUACUAAAAAUAUUUAAUUUCAUUCGUGGUCAUUGAAA